GUUGAUUCGUUCCAUAUAACCCUGUCUUUUCUUAUAUCAGCUAUACGUCUCCUUGCUUUCAACCUAUUUGCACUAGGGAGAGAUUUGAUUGGCUCACUGUAUUUUCGUUUUCCUAUCCCAGUUGUUCUUCAUUUAAUCGCUACUUUGAUCAAUGACCUAGUGCAUGUCUGACCUUUCAAUAUGUUUGAUAGACAGCACGCGUGCAUUAGGUAUCGCUAUGUGUUUGUCUUACGAUCAUCCUUUAUGAAGGCUUUCAGGGCUGACUGUUUAUAUUUGCUUUUGGCAGUGUGCAUAGUUUUUUUGUUCAGAGUAAUCAAAUAGUGUUUAGGAAAAGAUUAUUUUUCUUUACCACAUUCCACAUCGGUGAGACCAGUAUGCGUUGUCCGUGCUAAACCUCACACCCUUGCUCUGGAAAUUUAUUGAACCAGUCGAGCAAAUUCAUAUAAUAAGGCUGGUGAAUUGCGUAAUUGUGUGCAGACAGGCAUACACACUAAUCCUCAACCGUCAAUCUAAACCUGCACACAAUCCAUUUAUCAUUUCGAUAUUUAAAAAAUGUUAGGAGUGGAACGUAUUUUCCUGUUGGGGUGUGGACUCGUCUUCAGGCUCAAUCCUAAAUAACCUUCAAAUAAGCAUAGAACACAAUGUCAAAAAACAAAAGUCGAUUUUACUCCCUGAUGAGUUCCCUACCAUUAUGCAUGAAGCCAUAUGAGCAGUUUAUUCUAGAACUUCAAAAGCUUUCAAGGCAUAACAGACAAAAUACUGUUUUACAACCGCCCUAUCUUUUUGGACACUUAAUUGAUUUACAAAAGCUGUACAACGAAGUUGCCCUGCGAGGUGGUCACAAACAAGUUACUUUUUCCCACCUGUGGUUGGAAGUUUAUCUAGCCUUAGGUCUGCCACCAGGUUGUGUCGAUGCAGGCCAUGGAUUGCGCACUAUUUAUCAGAGGUAUCUCGAGUUGUUCGAAAGAAACCAACGAAUGACGUCAAGAAGCAUUUUCACAUCCGAUGAACAGGAUGAUGCUGUUACUCACUUUGACGGUGAUGCUCAGGAUUUCGAUCAGUUCCUAAAAUCGUCUAGACAAAACAUUUAUGGGGCUUCUGUUCGUUCUAAUACUGAAGAAAUACCCAAUCACUUGCGAAAAAGUUGGAAUUUGAGUAUCGAUUUAAAAGAUGAUUUCGAAUACAUUUCAUUAGAAAAAUCAUUAUUGUCAGGGCUUCCUAAUGAAAUUGAGCUUGCGUUAAACACAAUCCUUCUUAUGUCUUCUCAACCAAAUGACUUCAGUAUUAGUAAAAAUCCUAGGCUUCUGGAUGUUCUGUUAUAUACUGUUGGCAUUUACGGACCAAAUCCAUAUUUUAUUCCAGAACAUGUCACGACGUACCAAUACAGCAGAUACCUCAAUUUUUGGGAAUCAAAUAUUGACAAAGAGAAUGGACGAGUAUUUCUUUCUCCCAUCGCCUUCUACUCAAAAGAGCUUCCUGAGGUUAUUUAUGAUGAAUUUUGUUAUCCUCCUGCUGUUCAAGAGAUGACAUAUGGUGAUGAAGAAGCUCUUCGUGUACAACUAGUCGCUACAGUACUGCGUAACUUGGCUGUAGAUGAUGGAUUAAGUGCUGUCAUUAUCGGACGAAAUCCCCAAGCCUUGCGUUUCAUUUUUUUAUGUAUAUAUUCCAAACACUCGUGUCUUCAUCAACUUGGUUUAGAAAUACUAUCUUCAUUGUAUUUUCCAGUUCUUGGUUCACUUAUACCUGCCCUCCAUCGUUUGCUCACUACUUUGUUAGUUUGUCCUGAUCGAAUAGGUCGCAUCCGUGGUUUACAGAUUGUGAAAAACUUAUGCUCAACGCCGCUUUUCGAUGUAACCUACGACAACAUUCCACCUGUAGGUACUAAAAAGGUUUCUUUAACCAGGACUGGUCGUAACAUAGCAUUUCUGACUUCAUUGCCACCUGUUACAUUCUCUUCUAUUGCAAGCACUUUAUGUUUGCGAGAUUUGCAUUUAGUAGUUCUUGCAAUAGAUACUAUUCACAGUUUAACCUGUCUCGGUCCUACUUUAUGUGAUCGUCUGCUUCAACAAGGAUCACCACCCGAAGAAGAUCCUCCCACUUCCUUAGAACUUCAUAUACCCCACCAGAAUUCAAGCCUUCUUUCUCUACUUGUCGCUUUACUAAAUUUGGAAGCUCAGGCCAUGGGGUCGGACAGUCUCAUUCGCGUGCGUGUUAUGCAAGCAUUGGGUACAGAAUCUACCAAUACUAAGUCUUCUGCUUCAAAACCUUCAUUUUCUACCGCUUCUCCCCUUUCAAAAACAAUAUCUACCACCAUCAUGCAAACAACUUCAAGUUCAUGUAUUCCUCCACAAAAUCCCACAGUCACCUCAUCCACAAAUUCGACAGUUCAGCUGCCAGUUUACUGUGCUCAAUCAAACCUAACUAUAUCGUUGAAUCAUCCUUCGUGUUGUACAAGUUAUCAUUUGAGUGUUUGUGACACAUUGCAAACUCCUACUGGAAAGACUUCAAUUCCUACAGCACCAAGUUAUUUUCCUCACAAUCUUAUUGGCUGUAGUUCUCCUUCCACCACCUUUUUAGCCGCCAGUCCAUCGGUCAGUGGAGUCCAAAAUGCAGAUUCUUCUCGUGUAAAUAAACGUGAUUUGCUAGUUAGAAAUUGUCUUCCAGUCAUUACUACUCCUAGAGUUAACCUUUCUAUGCGUGAAUUUGGUACUGUUGCAUCUUCAACGCAACAAGGUUCAGGGUCUUCAUCUACUAGCAAACCAGGUUUAUCUGUGAUACAGUCGUCACACAUAACAUCAACUAUGAAUUCUGCUACUGUAAAUACUAGUAUCUCAUCUACAAAUGAUCUCAUGAGUAAAAUGUGUUUACCUCAAAAGUUAUCUAGUACACCGGCACUCAACACACCUACUAUUAACUCAGAAAUUCAAAAACAUGUAAAUCCACCAUCAAAGCCCCUUGCUACUGAAAAUGGUAUACCUCAACUUGAUAGACGUGAAUUCAUGUUUGAAUGGCUUAAAAGUAAUUAUGCUGUACAUAAUCACUCUAGCAUUCCGCGUAUUCAAAUAUAUAAUGAAUAUCAAAAAGCACAUCUACAACGAUUCAAAAAUAUUGUUGCAAUUUCGCCUGUUGACUUCCAUUCACAAAUUAAAACUAUAUUUCCUGGAGUAGGUCAGGUGAAAGUACAAGUACCGGGAGGAAGUGUAGAAAUUCACUACAACAACUUAAAACAUGUUAAUGCUCCUGAACCUGAAAGUCAACAAGGCAUAAAUGAUAUUAUGGCAUCUGUUUUAAGUCCCACCAAAAUUGAAUCCAUGUGUCAUGAAUCACGUUCUCCAAAAACCAAAUGCCGUAAAAGACCGGCAACUGGGGCCUUUCUUCAUCCUGCAUCUCCUAAACUGGCUUCAAAAAAUGAGGAUCUGCAAAACCAUGUACUUAAAAGUUCACAAAUUGAUGUUUGUGAUUUGAAUGGCCAUCUUGAAUCCCCAAAAUUAACUAAUGGACAGUUAGUUUGUCCUUUAAAUGGUUUAUCUCGUGAUACUACAGACGUGCUCAACAUGACCACAAGACUUCAUAAUGGAUCACCUCUCAGGAAGCUGAAUGCUUCAUUAAAUACAAAUGAAGAUGGUUGUGUUCAAAAGAAAUGUACAACGCCUGUGCGAGCAACAGCAGUGGUAUCCUUACCCGACUCCAAGAUUAUGAUCGUUCCUGUCUUUACUACUUAUGGUAUGGGCCAUAAUUUGACACUCAACGGAACUCCAACUAGCGAAGUUCCCAUGAUGAUCAAAAUGCAAACCUCUGAGAACCACGAAAUUAAUAAAGCUAACAACACUAUUCCGAUUUGUUCUAACAUUGACCAUACUACAACUAUUUCUAAAACUAAAGUCAACGUCAUCACGUCUUCCUUAACACCGAACAGCAUAUCAUCUACUUCAUCGGAUCGUAGCUGCAAACUAGCAAAGCAAUUAGAUGACUCAAUUAUUUCAGGAAAUUAUACAAACAGGGUUUCCACUGAUCGUGGUAAAUGUGUACAAUUAUUCUGUAUGUGGGAUAAAUGUAUGCAAACAUUUUCAGAGUCUGUUGAACUUUGCAGGCACUUUCAAAAUAUUCAUUACAAAUCUAUUCAAAAUUCAGAUCAAAUAAAAUGUGUUUGGGGGAACUGUUCUGAAGUGAUAUCUGGUCCCAGUUUUGAUAUACUGAUGGAUCAUUUACGUGCUAAACACAACAUUCAAUUACCUGUCAGUAUGGAAUCUUCACCGAAUGGUGUAUCAACUAAUGAUAAUGUUAUAUCUUCUGCAGUUAAUAAAAAUCAACCGAUUUAUACUACAGUGAAUUCCGAAACACUUUCAGAAAAAAAUCCAAGUCAUUCUUCAUGUCAAAUCGAAAAGCCGUUCGUGUAUGAUGAAUUACAAUUGUCGAAUAUUCUAUCAGAAGAGUGUCGUAGAGCUCUGACUGGAGGAAUUCCUAAUCCACCUUUCGCACCUACACCAGUUCAUGAAGGGCCUGUAACUAAGCACCUCCGACUUACUGCGGCUCUAGCUUUAAGAAAUUUAUUACAAUAUAGUGAUGUUGCACGACGGUACGUAGUUUUAACAAACUGCUUUUUAUCAUUCACUGUAGUAAAAGGGAUAUGUCGUAUUACUACAUAUUCAUGUAUCAAGUGUUCGUUAAUAAUAUAUAUUAGUAAUCACUGUAGCAUUCCUUUUAUGUGAAGCAAGGUUUAGUUGUAGUGUGUCAGAUAAAGUGGAUUUUUAUUUAUAAAAUUUAUAACAUCUAUGUUAGGUGGUCAGAAGUAGUUGACUAGAAACCGUGGACCUAGAUUUUUUACUAGUUGGCACACAUCAAGACGUAUCAACAAUCUUGAGGGAAUUAAUACUCCUUGUAGGAUCGCAUCAUCCAGCUUAAGUACUCUUAAAUUGUUCACUUAUUCUCGAUUGUGUUUAUAAGUAUGGUAGUUUGUAACAUUAUGUAAAUUAUUUUCAAGUUGGAUAAGCUACACAAAUAUCCUACCCCUUAACGUUGCGUGUUUUACAAAUAUUGGUUCCUUGAUUGAUUACGAUUAAUUCUUUAACCAGUAUGAUAUGUACUGGCUUAAACGGAUUUUUCACUUUCUACAUUUUUCUAUACAUUUUAAAGAAGGUAACUACGUAAAGAGUAUAUAUAUAUUCCGUUUGACAAAAAUUUAUCAUUUGAAUGAUCCGUCAAACAAAAUUUGUGAAUCAAAGGCUAUUUCGCAACCUCGUGUAUUUUUUUACAUUAAAUUUUCAACAUAUCUUAAUUUGAUCACAGUUUUAUUUUCAUAAAGUAACAAAAAGAAAACUCAAAUAUUUCAAUAUUAACAUACACUCAUCUCCUAAAGAUGUGGGAAUGGUAAAUCAAUUGAUAAGACUGUAAAGCAUAUACCAGCUGCUCCCUAAUCAUAUACGCUAGGUUCGUUAAUAUUCAAUAGGUUGGAAGAAGGCUACUAGCGACUAAAUUACGUUUCAGCCCAUAAAUUUGUACGAUUAUCGUAAUAUUUGAUUUGGAGACUUUCUCCGCGAUGUUAUUCGUUCUCUCCGAUUUACAUUCUAUAGUUUAUUUGCUUCAUGAUAUUUAACAAUUUUAUUUCGACCCUCACUUUUAAGUUCCUUAAUUUUUCUUUUUUUACUGUGUUGAUGUUCAGUAAUAGCAAAUUGGACUAAUUAAUAUUUGUCUUAAAUCCCAC